AGGAUGGCACAGUGGGAGUGGGAUGACCGCAGGUGUGAUGCUCAGGCAGGCACCAGCCCCUGCAUGGCCACACCAAGCCCCUGGAGGAGCAUUUCUGCUGCUAGGGUGGCAGCAAGGGGCAAAAAUAGCCUCCGUGGUGGCAUUCCCUGCCUCUCCCUCCUGCUGCACCCCUGACGUUGGGAUCAGGGAGCCUCCUCCCACAUUUCCUCAGGAAGAAACCCAAGGCUAGUGGGAGGAAGAGGCUGCUCCACAGGAGGGACGGGACAGGACAGAGGGGACAGACGGACAGCGGCACAGGGCUGGGGAGCUGCUGGGACUUGGAGCCUCGCACCCCGCCGGGAUGGGGGCUGCCCGGCCCAUCCUCUGCCUCCAGCUGUGGCUGUGGAUGCAGAGCUCUGCCCAGGAGCUCGACCUCAGUGGCAAGAAUGUCUGCAGGCUCCCCAGCGGCCCAGCGUGCUGCCCCGGCUGGAAGCAGGAAGGGCAGGAGUGCACAGCUGCACUGUGUGAGGGGGAGGAAGCCUGUGGAGCAGAUGAGGUGUGUGUGAGACCCGGGGUUUGCCUCUGCAAACCUGGCUUCUUCGGAGCAGACUGCAGCUCUCCCUGCCCCGAGCAGUACUGGGGUCCCGACUGCAAGCGGAGCUGCCCGUGCCACCCCAACGGGCACUGCGACCCGGCCAGCGGGCACUGCACUUGCGGCCCCAACCACUGGGGAGAGCUCUGCCAGUUCCCUUGCCAGUGUGGUCCCCACGGCCGCUGCGACCCCCUCACCGGCGCCUGCCACUGCGAGCCGGGCUGGUGGGCACCCACCUGCAAGAAGCAAUGUCAGUGCAACCUGGCCAGCUCCCACUGCGACCCCCUCACCGGCCACUGCCGCUGCCAGCCGGGCUGGUGGGGCAGGCGGUGCAGCUUCAAAUGCUCCUGCAACAUCUCGCCUUGUGCCCAGGAGACCGGCAAGUGCGAAUGCAAGGCUGGGUUUUGGGGGCCGGCCUGCCAGCGGCGCUGUGACUGCUUGCACGGCUCCUGCAGCCCCCUCAGCGGCCACUGCAGCUGCAGCCCCGGCUACCAGGGCAGGAGCUGCCGGGACCCCUGCCCAGCAGGGAAGUACGGGGUUCAGUGUGUGCACAGCUGUGGGAGCUGCAAGCGCAGCCAACCUUGCUCACCCGUGGAUGGCUUCUGCCUGGCCUGCCAACCCGGCUGGAACGGGACCCUCUGCAAGGAACCCUGUGAGCCUGGCUUCCACGGCGAGGGCUGCCUCCAGCCGUGUCCCCGCUGCCGGCAUGGGGACGCCUGUGACCCCGAGACUGGGUUCUGCCUGCACUGUGAGCCUGGCUGGAUGGGACCCAGCUGCAACAUCUCCUGCCCCGUGGGCACCUUUGGCGAUGGAUGCCAGUUCCUCUGCCCCGAGUGCGUUGCAGGGAGCUGCGACCCUGUGUCAGGAGAUUGCAUCUGCCAGGCAGGCUACUGGGGACCCAGUUGCAAUGACACCUGCCCCGAGGGAUACUUCGGUGUGAACUGUUCCUCUCCCUGCCACUGCUCCCGGGGGACCUGCGACCCCGUUCAGGGUGACUGCGUGUUGAGUUUUAAGGACCAUGGGGCCCUUGCAGCUGCCAUCGUCGUCCCUCUCCUGCUGCUGCUGCUCUGUGUCACCUGCUGUUGUUGCUGUGGAGCCAACCCAGCUGACGCUGCAGACAGGGCGGCCGUGCCGGACGAUGAUGUGGUGGCCAGGAUGAAGCACCAUGUGCAAGGGGUGCUGGCCAACCUCAGUGCCAUGAUGCCUUGUUUUGCCCUGGGUGGCUACAAACUUCCCAAAGUCACAGUUUCCCACCACGACACAGAGAUCCCCUUCAACCCCAGCUUCAUUGAGUCACCAUCAGCUGCGUGGGUUUCAGACAGCUCCUUCUCCUCUUUUGACACCGACAACGAGGGACCUGAAUACUCUGUUCCUCCCAGAGAAGGCAUCCCGCUGCUGGGGGGUGCCGAGCUGCAGGAGGGGGUGUCCCCCACCGAGGAAGUGCUCCCAGACCCAUCUGCCUUCAACUCUGAGGACGUGUCACAGCCCUUCACCAUCCCUCGCACGUCCAGCAUCGCCAAGGCCAAGCGGCCCUCUGUGUCCUUUGCUGAGGGGACGAAAUUUGGGGCAGCAGAGACCCCCAGCCCUGGGCGGAAGCCCAAGAACCCAUGGGGCCCAUCCAAGCUGUCUCCAUCAGCGGGGGACGCAGCGGCUGAGCCCCCUGCUGAACGGCCAGCCAGCAAUUGCUACGAAAGCCCCGAGCCGCUCGGCAAGGGGGAGGAAAGCCACCGACCAUCUCCCCGGGCCACGCCGGGGGGACGCCGGCGCGUGGUCUCUGGCACCAGGCAUGUGGCACAGAGAGUGGAGGCGCUUGAAGCGGCUGCGAAAUCUGGCAGCUGGGAGGCAAAGAGGAAGGACCCCAAUGUCACCACCAUCUACAUGAUGGUGGGAACAGCUGGGCAGGACCCCAAGACAGAAGGCGGUGGCGAGGGACCAGUGCAGGCUGUGCUCAAGCGGCUGGGCAGCUUGCAGAAGGGCAAGUGGGCUACAAAAGAGGAGCCCAAGGUGAGGAGGAGCAUGGAGGCCAUCCAGAAACCACCUCGACGGUCUCUGGCACAGAACAGAGACUCAGUGAAUAGCUGCAAGCAGAGAGAGAGUGUCUUGGAUUCUCCCACAGAGCCAUCCCCUGGCAAGCAGCCUGGGAAGAGACAGUCUUUCCUUCUUGCCUUUUCCUCACUGAAAAGCCCUGGGCCCCAGGAUGCAGCCAGUGAUGCUGUAGGUGCCACAGAGAAGGGCAAAAGCCCCGAGUUAGUCCUCAGCCUGGAUGCAACUGCCCAAGAGGAAGAGCCCAAAUAUGAGAAUGUGAUCAGCAGCAGUGCCGAAUCCCCCUCCAGCCCCACCAAGGAGCUGUCAGCUUCCCCUGCAGCCACCUGAGCAAUCACUGCCUGAGCUGGGGCAGCCAGAGCCCAGGAGACUUCUCUGACCCUAGCAUGGGGGGAGCUGAGGUCCCACUCUGAGUUGUGAACUGGAGAAGCCUUCUCUUUGCUCCCCUUUCCUCUGCACCAUGCUGCUGGUGUGGACCUUUGUGCAGCUAGUGGGAGAGGUGAUACGGAGAGCCACAGUGGUGGCAGCCCCAUGGGGUUGCAGUGCUUCAGGGCUGGUUUUUACCCCCCUGGCUUACAUGCCUUAUUUUGUGUCUGCCACAGACUGGAGGGAUGCAGUGGUGGCACUUUUUGGUCCCUGUCAGCACCAGGCUUGGGGAUACAGAUCCUCCUUGUAAAAGGGACUGGGACUGCUGGGGGCUUAGCUGGGAAUUCCACAGGCAAAAAAACAGUUUCACUCCA